AUGGUAACAGAAGAACAUUUUUGGGGAAAGCCCACUUAUGGGGCUAUAGUUUUGGCGUUGCGUCGCGCACACGAGUACGCGACGCAAUUCAACGUAAAGAAUGUGGCUUAUCCCAGAAUUUCAUGUGGACUCGACAGGAAAAACUGGGGUCUUUUCUCUAAGCUCAUAAAAUUUAUUUUCCAUGAUAGUGGAAUAUCAAUAAAAAUAUAUGUGAUACAAACCCUAUUUUGA